AUGACCAUCCUCGAACAGCAGCCAGCAUACUCGACCACCGGCAUCAAGUCUACAGCACAUUCCCCCGUGAGAUACGCCGCUACUGAGAUUGCGCCUGCCAAGAGCGCCAGAGCUCGUGGUGCUUACCUUCGAGUGAGCUUCAAGAAUACUCGCGAGACGGCUCAAGCUAUCAACGGCUGGAAGUUACAGCGCGCCAUCAAGUUCCUCGAGAAUGUCCAAGAACACAAGGAGGCGGUCCCCAUGAGACGAUAUGCUGGCGGAACUGGAAGAGCUGCACAAGGCAAGCAAUUCGGUGUCUCCCGCGCAAGAUGGCCAGUCAAGUCUGCGGAGUUCCUCCUUGGUCUCCUGAAGAACGCUGAGGCCAACGCUGAUACCAAGGGUCUCGAUACCGGUAACCUGAUCGUCAAGCACAUCCAAGUCAACCAAGCUCCUAAGCAACGUCGACGAACAUACCGUGCCCAUGGUCGUAUCAACCCAUACAUGUCCAACCCAUGCCACAUUGAGUUGAUCCUGACCGAAGGCGAGGAGGUUGUUCAGAAGUCAGAGGCAGUCGUUGGCCGUGAGUCUGCUCACCUGAGCUCAAGACAACGCGGUGCUCGUCAACGCCGUGCGAUUACUGCUGCAUAGAUGAUUUUCCGGUUUGGGCUUGGCAUGAUCUGGGGUUUGCUCAGGGGUUUGCAAUUCGAUCAUUGAAGGGGCUUUCCAAAUGGUGGCUUGCACUUCAUUAGCAUCGGAAUCUUCGCAGACAAAGAGAAUUCAUGAACUCACAUUGUUUUGGUGAUGUUUUGGUGACUCUGUGAUUGAUAAAAUUGAGAAGAACGC